AUGGCAGAUCUUACAACCAUGAAGCAUGAUGGCACAAGGUCUAUGCAUGAACAUUGCAUUGAAAUGAUUAACCUUGCGGCUAAGCUGAAGAAUUUGGGACUUAGUGUGGAUGAUUCUUUUCUUGUCCAGUUUAUCCUGAAUUCUUUGCCUCCUCAGUAUGGACCAUUUCAGAUCAAUUACAACGCCAUUGAUGAAAAAUGGACGUCUAAUGAAUUGACUAGUAAGUUGGUUCAAGAGGAGUCUAGGCUUGACCGUGAAGGCAUUAGGAUUGCCCAUCAUGUCCAAGAAGCUAAAUCUAAAACCGGAAAAAUGGCAUUAAGUAAGCCAUGA